ACGUACACCCGGUGUUUAGGGUUAAGGUUUUCGUUACGCCUAAAACGGGUGGUGUACCUAUUCUUUACCUCCGCCCCAAAAAUUGUAGUUUAGUUCCAAAUCAGCUUCAUCAAAUCCGCUCCAGCCGUAACCAUCUAUCUUGAUAUGCAUGUCUUAGUCUAAACUCUGAAAUGUUAUUCGUUUUGUAGACAGUAGAGGCUGGAUUUGAGAUGGUUUGGGUUGCUAUUUCGAGCAGUUCUUCAACCAUGUAGGUGCUUUGCUAAUACAUACAGUAUGAAAGAGGAGUAAUAAAAACUGACGACCAAUAAAAGGGAAUGCAAUAUAACUUGGCUUCACAUAAUUACCGAAACGAAUAAAUGAACAGUAAAGCCGCGAAAAUCCUUACACUGUACGCAGUGUAAUACAGUAUAUAAUUAGUGUUAAUUCUAAACAAAUUUGGAAUAAAGUUCGUAAAUAUGAUAAAGAACCUCAAGUAUAUAAAGCCGACGCUUUGUGUCAGAAAUCCGUCCAUAUCCAUGAAGAUGCAGACAAAUAUAAAUAUAUGUUGUGAACAUAAAUGGAGAGACAAGUAUAAAUUUUGAAAAUGCUAUUACGUUUUAUUUUGUUUUCACAAUCGUUAUAUACAGUGUUCAACGUGUAGAAAUAGAAAUCGAAUCUAAACAUAACUUUAAAAGGAAGAAGUUGGUGCUGAAUAACUAUCUUCGAAAGAAAUUACUUAUUCGUUUCACCUAAGCGAAGUUAACUUUUGUAGUCUCCUUUAUUGCUGUUCUCAAUUUAAAUCGCACCGUUCCUUCUAUAAUAUUAUCUUUUCGCAAUAUUUAUUUUGUUAAGCGAUGUGUUGUCAAAUUUACCAACGACCUGAAAUGUUUUUCUGACAGUAUUUAAUCCAUGCUAGGGACAUUUAAGUCAUGUUAUCAGUUGUGGUCACUGAGGCGAAAGAAAUAUUAUCAACAACACAAGCAACUUCGUAUAUUUCAGUUGUGCUGAAUGUUCCAUCACAACUUGUCAUACACAGAAGUUCUGACGCUACCAGAAUACCUACAAACAGUCAUUUAUGGAUUUUUAUAUGUUUGUAGCCUACAUAAUUUUUAUUAACUCUAUCCACAAUUAUUAAUAUAGACAUAGAAGUCUUUUUAUCUACAAUAUGCGUACCACUUGGAGAUGUCCUUCCCAACCAACAACAAACAUUCUAAGUAUUAUAGAGAGAAGAUAUUUACUUAGCAUGUUUCAUGCACAUAUAAACAGAGUCUCAUAAUUUGGAUAUCAUGAGAAACUAAAUCAUAAUUGAUUACAACCAUAGACAUUGUUUUUUAAGAAUUUCUCCAGAGUUAUUAUGGAGGAUGGUAAUCUGUCAGACACUUCUAACACAGAUAUUUCUGACAAUUUAGAUUCAGUUAAACAGCUAUCCAGUGCUGAAGAAUCAUUAUCACAUGGUAAGAAACCGUUUGAGAGAACUAUUAAUUGUGAAAUUUGUGGAAAAUCUUUUGUAAAUUCCAGUAAUUUAAACAGACACGUAAGAUUACAUACUGGGGAAAAACCCUUUCAAUGUGAGAUUUGUGGAAAAUCAUUGCAUCAUAAAUAUCAGCUUGUUGUCCACAGACGUAGUCAUACUGGUGAAAAACCCUUUCACUGUGAAAUAUGUGGAAAAACAUUUGUUGAUAAUAGUUCUUUAAAUGCUCACAAACAAACACACAACAGAAAAAAAAAUUUUCACUGUGAAAUAUGUGGAAAGUCGUAUACUCAGAACUGUCGCCUUGUUUACCAUAUUCGUAGUCACACUGGAGAAAAACCAUUUCAUUGUGAAAUAUGUGGCAAAUAUUUCUUCACUAACUGUAUUUUAAGAAAGCACAAAAUAAUACAUUCUGGGAAAAAAGAAUCCAAAUGUGAAAUCUGUGGGAAUUCUUUUUUGGACAAUUCUCGACUUAUUGCUCACAAAAGAACACACACUGGAGAAAAACCAUUCCACUGUGAAAUCUGUGGAAAAUCUUUUUUGAAUAAUUUUCGACUUGUUGCUCACAAAAGAGUACACACUGGUGAGAAACCCUUCUUUUGUGAUCUAUGUGGGAAAUCUUUCUUUUGUGGCAGUAAUUUAAAAAGACAUAAACUACAACAUAUUGGGAAAAAAGAAUUCCAUUGUGAAUUCUGUGGGAAAUCUUACUUCAAUAAUAGUGAAUUGAAAAGGCAUAGGAGAAAACAUGUAGGAGAAAAAACAUUUCACUGUGAAAUUUGUGGGAAAUCCUUCUUCGAUAAUUGUGGUCUUAUUGUUCACAUCCGUAGUCACACAGGAGAAAAGCCUUAUCGUUGUGAAAUGUGUGAGAAAUCAUUUGUGUGUAAAGGUGACUUGAAUACACACAAACGGAGACACACUGGUGAGAAGCCUUAUCAUUGUGAUAUAUGUGGGAAAUCAUUUUUCUGUAAAAGUGACAUGACUAAACACAAACGAACACACUCUCUAGAGAAGUCUAUGAAUAAUGAGUGACCUGAGAAAUCUAUCUGUUGUAAAUGUGAACUCAGUUUACCUGUUUGUGUGUGUGUGUGCGUUUAUAUACAUACACAUGUGUAUGCUGAAAGGUUCCUAGCUUUAAGGGUAUCAUGAAAGGCCUUAGUCGAAGGCCCAGCUUUGCAAGUUCUUUUACAGGGCUUAGAAAAACUGAAGAACUGCUGCAAUAAGUGUGUGAAUCUGAGAGGGGAAUAUAUACAAUAAAAUCGUAAUUAACUGA